AUGUUCUACGCUCACUUUGUUCUGAGCAAAAAGGGUCCAUUUUCUCGUAUAUGGUUGGCAGCACAUUGGGACAAAAAACUUACCCGUGCCCACGUAUUCGAGACCAAUAUUAAUGCCAGUGUUGAAGCCAUCUUGGAACCGAAGCUAAAGAUGGCUCUUAGAACAUCGGGUCAUCUUCUACUUGGUGUUGUUAGAAUUUAUUCACGUAAAGCCAAGUAUCUUUUGGCAGAUUGCAAUGAAAUCUACGUGAAAAUCAAGACAUCCUUUCGCCCUGGUAUUGUUGAUCAGCCAGAAGAUUCCAAUCGUGAGGCAGCACUUGCAGCGAUCAAUCUUCCCGGAAAUAUUCAAGAUUAUGAAGCCACAAUGGCUGCGUUGAAUGCCAUAAAUCUGAAUUCAAUGAAUAUCAACCAGAGCCGCCCCGAGGAUAUCACUAUGCGAGAGGAUUUCGGUGAUCUCAAUUUAGGGCGUAUUGAUGAUGAUUUUGGCGACGCGGCAUUCGAAGAUCUGCCAAGUCGGGAAAUUUUGCGUGGUGCUGAAGCUGGCUAUGAGAGCGUCUACGGACGUGGUACAGAUGCAUCUGGACGUUUUUCAAUUCGUGAAACCGAUCGGCCCUCUAUUCGCACGGAUAUUGAUGCAGAUGGUACGCUGAUUGGUAGUGGAAAGGAUAGGUCGGAGAAGGGUGGUUCUGUUCUCACUCCUGCUCAUGACAUUGGCCUGGAUGAUGAUUUUGGCGAACCAAUUUAUGACGGUGCCUCAGAUGGUAGUUUCGGUGGUGAUAUUGAGCCAUCGAUUUUCAAUAAUCCUUCUCUGUUUGACGAUCCAGCUACAACUAGCCAUAUUGCGACUCUAGCCGAAGGUUUAGCGUUAUCAGGGGAGCCGGGUUUAGUGGGAAAUGAUGGCAAGGAUUGCAGCGUAAUGGAUGUCGACGUCAUGGAUACGACAAUUGGCCAACCUAAAAGCAAUGGGGCUACGCCUCAAAUAGGUUCAACUAUUCCCAACCUACCUGGUGCUGUCACUACCUCUGGUCAAAAUGCAAAUUCGGAAGCCUUUGCAUUGAUGCCUAUUGAUGUGCCUACUGUAGUUGCCGAAUCAAAAAGAGCCCCAAAACGCAAGCGUCGUUUGAUCAUUGAUGAGCAGAAGUCCAUUCCGAGUGAAUUGAUGAAAACCCAAAUGCAGGACACCUCUGAGAUUGUAACCCAACUUGACUUGGCCCCACCCACCAAACGUCUAAUGCGUAUGAAGGAAACUGGAGGGUUGGACAAGCUCUUCACUCUCCCUGGUUGUUCCAUACCGUCACGCGUUCUUCAACGCAUGUUCACCCGAAAUCUUCGCUCCCAGCCUGAAGAGGGACAGGAUUCUGCAGUUGCUGCUCUCAUGGCAACCGAUGAUAGUCGUCCCCAUCUAUUUUUCCGCCCAACAGCCCCCAGUGCUAGCACCUCGGCCAUUGAAGAGCAAUUACUGUCUGCCGCGGCUACUCCCAGAGAUCUCCUCUCCGGGUCUGGCUACCACACGGGACAUGUGCAGCAUCAUGGACAACAAGAGGGAGCUUUGGGUCUGGAUGCUAUUCCAGAGGAAUCACUUUCUGGUUAUCCUUCUCGCCAUGGAGAUAAAUCAGUGGCUGAAAUGCACAAUGAGCAUCAUGUUCUGAUGGGUAUAAACGAAAGUGCUCUUAUCAACCUGGACGACCCGUUCUUGGCAACAACUUCCCGCUCCACGGAUAUUCCGGAGCAUCACCACCACGCCGGUGCUUCUGACGACGAUAUAGAUGAUGACAAUGGAUUUCCCCUCGAUGCCCACUAUCUCCAACCCCCUUCUGUUCUCUCGGGGGCCUCACAGGGAAUUAUAUUGGACCACAGUGUUGCUCCCCACACACGUGGAAGUUUAGUGGAUGAGUUUGGCGGUGAGGAGGAAGAUACUUUGCCAGCAAUACCCUCAGUUGGUGAAAUCCAUGGCGAAGGAAACGCUGCCACUGUUGUUGAAGGGGAGGAGAUUGAGGAGGAAAGGCGAUUGGAGAAACGCUCCAAGGAUAUGUUGCGUCGUCUUCGGGCACACAUUGCACAACAUGGCUGGGGAGAAAGUGGCAUCUCUCUAUUGAAAAUGUGUGAGGGGAAUAACAAGAAACAGGCAGCUUCUAAAUUCUACACCAUGCUUCUCCUGCGAAAACAGGGCUCUGUACGACUCUUCCAGGAUGGUCCUUACACAGAUAUUCGGGUGUGUCGAGGUCCUGUCUUUGUUGGGCCUUCGGAGGCAAUGUAG